AUGACCUUCUUCCCUCCCCCAGCUGGCACGUAUGCCGUAGUCGAGGUCGAUUUCAAGAGUACUGUGGAGUCUCUCGACGAUCCGAUCGCGACUGCUGCCGUCGCUGACAUACAGACAGCCAAGUGCAUUGUCUACCUGGAUGCUGUGCUAUGCUCACCGUGCGCGAGCAACAACAAUACGGCCACGUAUACGGCACACCCAAUCGGCCCUGGGAUUCGGCCAGAAGACCCAGAGCGCUGCAUCACGCCUGACAUGUGUGUGCCCAUCUUCCCCAACACAUACCACCCCUCAGGCGCCCGGGAACCCGUAAAGCCCCACUCUCGGUCGUUCCCGUUCAGCAACGGCUACCACUGGUUUGGCUCGGAUGUGCUGCUCGAGCUGCGCAUUCGAGGCGACGAUUGCACUUACGAUACAAAGGAGUGCCUGGUGUCGCUGCCUGCCGACCAGCAGGUAAUUGUGGAGCAACUCCGGACGCGCGACAUGUGGAGGGAACUCGAUAGACAGCAGGCGAGGGACGGCGCAUUGAAUGCCGACAGUGCGUCUCCGCAGGCGGACGCCGCGCCGCUAGGAGAGAUGCUAUUACCGCCUAGUACCCCUACGCUUGAGUCUCCCGAGGAUGCGCCGACCCCCACUUCUUCGUUCCUGGCCUACUGCGAAUCUAUGUACGGUAUCGACCAUGGCUACCUUUCCAAGAUUGAGAGACCCUCCUCCGACCACUGGAGCCUAUCCGGUCAGUCUGCCGAGGACACGCCCACGACGGAUGUCUUCGACCUCGACUACGACGAGAGAGACAAACUCCUGCCCAUCGUUAAGAUCUGGUCGGACGUGGGCGCACAUUUCGCAGAGAGCGUCCCGGACCCUACAGACUUUUUGGUGGAAUACUACUGGAUCAUGAGCGUUGUGCAAGAGAGUAGGGCUCGUGCUAAGAACUUGGAUGCCGCGGGACCCCAUGCGCCCCCAAACCUCGAUGCGACGAGAAGUCCUUCGGGGCGUGCAUCGAUCCCGUCCGUGGGCGGUGAGAAACGCAAGCGGUCGCAAGGCGAGUGA